AUGUCUCGCCAUCCACAAUUUUACAAACGGGUCGGGCCCGAAAUGAAGGAGUUCGAGAAAGCUCUUGACUGUACUCUAGAUAAGUCUAUGAAUUGGGGUAUAAGAUUAGAUGGACAUAAGUUUUCAUCUUUUACUAAAGGAUUCCAGAAGCCGUAUGAUGCACGCAUUGCCAAUGCAAUGAUUUCGACACUUGCUGAUUUAAUGAAGGAGUUCAAUCCGAUUUGUGGGUACACCUGCAGUGAUGAAAUUACACUGAUUUUCACCCCGCCGCCUACUGAGGCCAAAAACGGCAAGCCUAUGGACCAGAUAAUCAUGUAUA